AUGGAAGCAGACAAUGACACAGGAAUUUCAGAGUUUCCUCUUCUGGGAUUAUCAGAGGAACUAGAAUUACAGCCCAUCAUAUUUGGGCUUUUCCUCUGCAUGUACCUAAUCACUGUGCUUGGGAACCUGCUCAUCAUCCUGGCCGUCAGCUCAGACUCCCAUCUCCACACCCCCAUGUACUUCUUCCUCGCCAACCUGUCCUUUGUAGACAUCUGCUUCACCUCCACCACCAUCCCCAAGAUGCUGUGGAACAUCCAGACUCAGAGCCAAGUCAUCACUUAUGCCGGCUGCCUCACACAGAUGUACUUUUUCAUAAUCUUUGGAGACUGGGACGACUUUCUCCUGGCUGUGAUGGCCUAUGACCGCUUCGUGGCCAUCUGUCACCCCCUGCACUACACGGUCAUCAUGAACCCUCGGCUCUGUGGACUGCUGGUUCUGGUGUCCUGGGUCAUCAGUGUUCUCAAUUCCUUGUUACAGAGUUUAAUGGUGUUGCGGCUGUCCUUCCGUACGAAGGUGGAAAUCCCCCAUUUUUUCUGUGAAUUCAAUCAAGUAGUUGGCCAGGCCUGUUCUGACACCUUCCUUAAUGAUAUGGUGAUGUAUUUCGGAAUUGUGCUGCUUGGUGGUGCUCCCCUCGCUGGGAUUCUUUAUUCCUACUCUAAGAUUGUUUCCUCCAUACGUAGGAUAUCCUCAGCUCAGGGCAAGUAUAAAGCAUUUUCCACCUGUGCCUCUCACCUCUCCGUUGUCUCCUUAUUUUAUUGUACAAUCCUAGGAGUGUACCUUAGCUCUGCUGCUCCCCAGAGCUCCCACUCAAGUGCAGUGGCCUCGGUGAUGUACACGGUGGUGACGCCCAUGCUGAACCCCUUCAUCUACAGCCUGAGGAACAGAGACAUAAAGAGGGCUCUGAAAAAAAUCACUGGGGUUCCAGUGAUGUAA